ACAAACCCUCCCCUUCUCUCUCUCUCUCAUUUUCUUAGAUGAGAGUGAGAGUCUCAUUCAUCAUAUUCAUUCAUCCAUACUUUUCACGUCCCAUCACCAAACGCUCCCCUCCUUCUUCCAUAUCUCUCUCUCUCUCUAAAACCCAUUUCUUAGCUUUCUCUCUCUAAAACCCUCUAUUUCUCAAACACAAAACAAAAACAAAAAACUCAAGAACUUUUCCCGUGAAAAAUCCACAGUAACUCACCCCUCCCCCCUGAAGCUCCCAAUUCUCAUUUCACAUGGAGGAAGGGAGAGAGAGCUAGCUACACAUAUAUAUAUAUAUAUAUAGCUUAUAUUCUUAGAGAGCUAGCUAGCCCACAGAUACAUACUCAAUUGCUAAACAAAACAGAAUCAUUGUGUAGUCCCUGUUCUUCUUGAUGGAUUCAGCUUCCGGUGGACCAUCCGACCCUAAUAGCGUCGGAGGCGAGGCUCCACCCGCCGCAACCGGGUCCGCCACAACAACAGCUUCGGCUUCGUCAUCUCCAGCUCCGCCGAGCCGUUACGAGUCGCAGAAGCGGCGAGACUGGAACACGUUCCUGCAGUACCUGAAGAACCACAAGCCGCCACUGACGUUGGCGCGGUGCAGCGGGGCCCACGUGAUCGAGUUCCUCAAGUACCUCGAUCAGUUCGGGAAGACUAAGGUGCACAAUUCGGGGUGUCCAUAUUUCGGUCAUCCGAAUCCUCCGGCGCCGUGCGCCUGCCCACUCAAGCAGGCGUGGGGUAGCCUCGACGCGCUCAUCGGACGGCUGAGGGCGGCCUACGAGGAGAACGGCGGACGGCCCGAGUCGAACCCGUUCGGGGCACGCGCGGUGAGAAUCUACUUGAGGGAGGUCAGGGAGGGUCAGGCCAAGGCCAGGGGUAUUCCCUACGAGAAAAAGAAGCGGAAACGGCCAAGUACCGUUACGGUGGCCGGGAAUGUGUCGGUGGGUUCCAGUAGUGCUGCUCAACAAGGCGGCGAUGCUGCCGCUGGCGGAGGUGACGGUGCUCCAACUGGUCAAUCUACUGCUGCUGCUGCUGCUGCUGUUACAACUACUACUGCCGCAGUAUAGGGUGCUUUCACUUUCUAGCUUUUUCAAGAAUCACUACUGUUGCGAUAUUUUGUCCCUCUUUUCCCCAACUAUUUGCCCUUUUA